AUAUAUAUAUAUGAACACUGAUGCGGUCUAAGUGAUAUCAGCUCAAACAAAAAUUGCUUAAAUUUAAUUAUUACAAACUUUGAUAUAAUAAACAUCCUAAGCUGUGUUAACUAACCCCAUUUUUGAAGACAUAAUACUAUCUUAUCCCAAGGCAGUUAGUGUAGCCCAUGAUUACUUAGCAAACAAAUCAAUCGGGUUGAUCGCUUUAAGGGUGCUAAUAAGUGAAAUACUACUUAGUUGUUCGAGAGUUUUCAUAUUUUAAAUCAAUGGAUGUUCACUUUUAUUCAGUAUAUUUUGAACAUUCGUUGAAAUGAUAGAACUACUAAAAAACCAACAGUAGAACUUUAUUCAAAGUAAGCUAAAAUAUGUGUGUCAUCAUGAAAAAACAUCUGGAAUACGUAUAAAUGCCCCAAUCUCAUACAUUCUAGAAGAUCUUCUACUGUUUCAGUGAUUCGUAUUAUGCACCUGUUAGUCGGUCACUUAGGGAUACGGACACUAAAAGUCCCAUUAGUACUUAAUAGAUUUCACCUGUUUUUCUGUAGUGAAAAACUCAGCCACCUAAUGAAGGCGAGUGUACUGAAUAGAACUCGUACUUGUCAUGCUCCACGCCAGUGAUUACUAAAAGCAUAUAUUAAAAGCCACAUAAGUUUGACUACAAGUGUUUUCAUAGCAUCAUUCUCAUUUGGUGGAACCAUGGAGCAAAUAUUGUUGCGCUUUAAGUGAUGUUAAGUGAAGUAGAAAUAGGUCGGAACAGGUAGUCAAAACUAAUAAUGUUUCUAAUACACCAAGAAAUAAAUUAAUACUAGAAUAACAGAGUUGUAAGAUAAAAUUAUUUUAUAUCAUCUCAACGGUCGUUUAUAUGAUUACUGAUAAGUUUAUGUCUUGUUAUAUGAUUGUAAUGAUAAUAAUAAUAUAUAUUGUUUGUUUUACCUCAGUUCGCGGAACAGAUUUUUCAUGAUCCAGGUUAUAAGUCACACUGAUUGUGUGAGGGCUAAUGAUACCACCCAGUUGCCUCGCGUGAAGUAGGUGGACUGGGAUUCAAACCCAGGACCCACUGGCGAAAAGUCCAUCAAUUAAAACAAUAAGCCACGUCCCCACAGUACAUAUAUAUCACUGAGUGAAUUAAUACCAUUUACUGGAUAACGUUUUAAAUGUAAAAUAUUUUUAAUUAUCAUUUACUAUGGUUGUAAAUAAGUGAAAUAGCAUAUUAGUCUGACUAUUUCUCAUAAGAUCUCGCAUAAUUCGUAAUAAUUUCUUUCUUUUGAAACUCUCCAAUCAUAAUAAUACUAUUUAUUUCACAAUUUUAGAUAAAUGGAGCUCCCAGAUGUAUUCUAUUCAAAGUCACAGUACAUAGAAACAGCUAGUGGAAACAAAGUUAGUCGAAGAUCUGUUCUGUGUGGAAGCCAAAAUAUUGUAUUAAAUGGAAAAACAAUAAUUAUGUCCGGUUGUAUCAUAAGAGGUGAUUUGGCCAACAUUCGUAUUGGAAGACAUUGUGUUAUUGGUCGUAAAGCUGUUAUCCGACCACCGUUUAAAAAGUUUAGCAAAGGUGUAGCCUUUUUCCCCCUUCAUAUCGGGGAUAAUGUUUUCAUUGAAGAGGAUUCUAUUGUCAACGCAGCACAAAUUGGCUCGUAUGUACAUAUCGGUAAAAAUUGUGUUAUUGGUCGACGUUGUAUACUAAAAGAUGCUUGUGCAUUAAGAGAUAAUACAGUGUUGCCACCAGAAACAGUUGUACCUCCUUUUAGUAUAUUCGGUGGUUCACCUGGUCGUUUAAUAGGUGAACUUCCUGAAUGUACACCAGAUUUAAUGGUUGACUUGACGCACGGAUUUUAUCAGCACUUUUUACCUACAGAUGAACCUGAAACUGACUACUGA